AUGCCUUCAACGUUCAUGUCACACCCACAAGAGCUUGAAGACGUUGUCUACCGCGAAUUGCUUUCUGUUGAGAGCAACUGCGCUUUAGAUACUGGAAACGGAGAGAAUAGGCAACGACUAGUCUGGAAUAUGGACUACUCUAUCUUUACCGUCAACAAGCAAAUUCUACGCGAAGCCUUGGAAGCCUUUUAUCAAGAGAACGUUCUGGUCUCAAUUUCAGCCAACUCCUGCCAGUUUUUGAGGCGACAUAUCAACAAAGUAAUUCCAGUGUACUAUACUGGCAAAAAGUCAUUUCCCGACACAGCAUUGCACAUUCACCUUAGGCAUGGGCACGCCCUAUCAAUCAAAUACUGGGUAGAAAGUGGCUGUGACUGUUGCGAAAACUACACAACGUGGAUCUGCCACCGCCGACCCCACAAGCAAACCCCUCGAACUGAAUACGAAUACGCUGUUUUCUCUGCCAAAAAUUUACCAAGAUUAAUCUAACUUAUCAACUCCGAAUACGCCUCAAAUUACGACAAGCGUGAGUAUGCUACAAACGGCGAGUAUAAAACUUCGCAGCUUUUCGGCAUCGAUUUUAGUUUCAGCAACUCAAGCAAGCAAUAUGCCAAAACUCAAAGCUUAGCCCCACAGUUAGCUGAAGCUUUAGGAGGUCUUCGAAUCCCCCGGGAUCAUAAUGCGCAUAUGGGACCUCAGGGUUCCGAUUAUGAUGGCAUGGAUGAAUGA